AUGGACAUCCACUAUGGAAAAACACCAUGGAAACAUAUAAUUCGCUGUCCACCUACUUUAUUAACAUCAUUACCAACUUAUUUUUCUAUUAUACUUAAUUUUAAUUUACAUCAGAGUGAUCUCAUAUUUGCUAUACCUUAUUUUGCACAAUUUUUGGUAAUAGUUGUAUCUGGACCUAUAGUAGAUCGUAUACGAGCACGAAAUAUUUUAUCAAUAACAAUACUUCGAAAAGGACAAACAAUUAUUGGUACUCUAGGUACAUGUUCAUUUUUGAUUGCAAUUGGUUAUAUGGGAUGUAAUCAUAUAGGUGCAGUUAUUUGUUGUAUUAUUGCUCUUGGUUUUCUUGGCUUACAUACAUGUGGUCCAAUAAUUUCUCAUCUUGAUGUUGCAUCAAAUUAUGCUGGAACAUUAGUAGGUAUUACAAAUUCUUUGGCGACAAUACCUGGUUUUGUUGGACCUUAUGUUCAAACAAUUGAAGCUUGGCGUCUUAUAUUUAAUAUUUCAGCUGGUAUUGGUGCAUUGGGUUGUAUUGUUUAUUGUAUUUUAUUUAAUGGUAAAGAACAACCAUGGAAUCGUACUUGUGAAGCACGUGAACGAAAUGAAUCAAUAGUAUCAAUAGAUACAUAA